CCAGCGCGUUGUAACUUCCGGUGUGCCAUAAUACCGCUGCGCAUAUUUCAGGCGGUGGAGAGCAGACGCCGAUGGGGGACGAAAAAGACACCUGGAAAGUUAAAACUCUUGAUGAAAUCUUACUAGAGAAGAAACGCAGAAAAGAAUUACAAGAGAAAACUGAUCCGAAACGCCAGAAAAAUUUCUCAAAGGGCCUUGCUUCACAGGCGGAUGAUCGGGAAGCCAAACGAGACACUCCGGAGGAAGGAGAACUUCGGGAUCAAAGAAUGGAAAUAACAAUUCGUAACUCGCCAUAUGCACGUCAAGACUCAAUGGAGGACAGAGGGGAAGAAGACGAAUCACUAGCAAUUAAGCCUCCACAGCAAAUAGCAAGAAAGGACAAAUCUCACCACAGAAAAGAGGAGAAGCGAAAAGAUAAAAGACGUCAUCGCAGUCACUCAGCUGAAGGAGCAGGAAAACAUGCACGACUCAAAGAUAAAGAAAAAGAGCGUGAAAGCGAUCGCAGGAAACGUCACUGGGAAGAGGACAAAGCCCGGCGAGACUGGGAAAGGCAGAAAAGAAGGGAACAGGCCAGAGCUCAUUCACGUAGAGAGAGGGACCGACUGGAGCAGCUCGAGCGCCAGCGGGAGCGUGACCGAAAGCUCUGGGAACAGCAGAAAGAGCAACGAGAGCUAAAAGACCGGGAGAGGAGGGCUGAAGAGCGACGCAAAGAAAGAGGGACUCGACGAGAAGUGCCAUCUCGGAUGCUACCUGAGGAAUAUGAUGACAAGCCAAAACAAAGUCACCGCAGCCGUAGUCCAGUACGUGUUCCCAGAGAAAGGUCUGAUCACAGUGAAACACGGAAAAGUGGAUCAUCAAAAGAAGAGAAGCCUGAGAGCAAAGAUCUGCUUGCUGAUCUGCAGGAUAUCAGUGAUAAUGAAAGGAAGACUAGCACUGCAGAAUCCUCCCUGGCAUCAGCGUCUGUUUCUGAGGAAGAGGAAGAUGAGGAGGAAGAUGAAGAAGAGUCCAGCAGCCAGAGUGAGGGUGAAGAAGAAGAAGAGGAGGAAUCUGCUUCAGGCUCAGGGCGGUCUGAGCAGAGUGCAGAAGAUGUGAGUGAGGACGAGCAGUCUGGGGAAGAUUUUGAACAGGAGAGGGAAAAUGGAAAUCACAUACCUGCAGCCAGGACUCUAACUCUGCAGACUGUGCCUUUAAGAAACAAUCGCACCACCAUAAGGAUUGGUGACUUUGGUUUGGCCCGGGAGUACGGUUCCCCCCUGAAGCCUUACACCCCGGUGGUGGUUACCCUGUGGUACAGAUCGCCUGAGCUGCUGCUUGGCGCCAAGGAAUACUCCACAGCUGUGGACAUGUGGUCAGUGGGCUGCAUAUUUGGCGAGCUUCUUACCCAGAAGCCUCUCUUCCCUGGAAAAUCUGAAAUUGACCAAAUUAACAAGAUUUUCAAGGAUCUAGGGUCGCCCAGCGAGAAGAUCUGGCCCGGCUACAGCGAGCUGCCCGCUGUGAAGAAGAUGACUUUCACAGAGUACCCCUACAACAACCUGCGAAAGCGCUUUGGAGCACUGCUGUCAGACCAAGGCUUUGACCUCAUGAACAAGUUCCUCACCUACUGCCCCAGUAAGAGGAUUUCAUCAGAUGAGGCUCUCAAACAUGAGUACUUCAGGGAGUCUCCUCUCCCCAUUGACUCCUCGAUGUUCCCCACCUGGCCGGCUAAGAGCGAGCAGCAGAGGGUGAAGCGAGGCACCAGUCCUCGUCCACCCGAGGGAGGCCUGGGCUACAGUCACCUGGGCGAUGAUGACCUGAGAGAUACUGGCUUCCACCUGACAACCAGCUAUCAGGGGGCAUCUGCAGUCGGUCCAGGAUUCAGCCUCAAGUUCUGAGCCUCAGGCUUCAGGACGCCCAGCUGGAAAACAGGAAAAGAUCCAGCAAAGACUCGUGGGACUUCUUGUUUUGUUUUGUUUUUUGUUUGGAACCGGAUCGUAUCACUGGUUUACAGCUUUAGAGCAGAUCAGUAUCUGAUCAUUUACAACUGUUACCACAUAGUCAAGACUGUCUCACAGCAAGACUGAUGGCUCAAACCUGUUGAAUUUCCACUCUUCCUGUUUGUUUGUUUGUUUGUUUUUUUAUAUUAAGCCAUUUAACUAACUGAAAUGUGACCUUUGUAGCUCUUAAAGAGGAGAAACAACCAUAAAUCUAUUCGAAAGUGUUUCUCUCAUGUUUGACUUUUAUUUUCCCUUUUAUAUUUCAUGAGAGAGGACCAGGUUUUAUAAAUGGUUGGUAUUUCCUGGCUGCCUGAGCUACUGUAUAAUGAUGCAGCAUUUGCUGUGUGUUCCAUCCAGCAUAAUGUUAAAAUUUAAAUGGGAAUGUCAGCUCUCCUGAUGACAGGGAACUGAUGUUUUUGCUAGAAAUAAAG